AUGAACCUUCGCGUAUCUUUCUUCCACGAAACUUGUGAGGUACGAGCCAGUGGCCUGAGGGUUUGUCGUUACCUCCUCCAAAACAAGGAAGCCCUAGAAGCCUUCUUAAAUGGACAAAUGCAUUAUCUCGUCUCUCGCUCCCUCGAUAUUUUGCUUGACAAUCGAAUAGAGAGGAUCCAAGCUCUACGAUUGAUGCGAAAAGUGAUGAGUUUGGAUCCAUGCAAAUUUCCUCGUGCCUUUACGAACUGUCUUGUAGCUGUCGCCAAUGAGGGAUCUCAAGAGCGGGACAUGUUGCGACCUUGCCUAGCAACUUUAGCCCAACUUACAAUACUAAACCCAUCUGCAAGCAUUGAAGCAAGGGGUGUGAAUGCCUUGCUGCAGAAUGUAGCGGAAAAUUCUCAUGCUCAAACUGCUGAAGCUGUGCUUGGUGCCAUAUUUUUCUUAAUAAAUCAUCCUUCGACUCGAAGUUUGUUGAGAGAUGACUUUAGUUUGCAGAAUUUGUUAGCUCCUUUUACUGACUGCCAUUAUCGUUUUCCUUGUGGCAAAGAAGGUUCUGCAAGUGAAGACAAAGAUCCUAAUUUAACUGCAAGUAAAACAGCAAUAGUCUGCACUUUGUUGUCUUGGCCAGGUUUGAUGUACUUAUGCAGAGCUGAUAGCAUUCAUUUGCAGUCUUUAAUAGAAAUGUUGUACUUGCCUUAUCCAGAUUUACGAAGACACAUUUUGGACCUCCUUUACCAAUUAUUUGAUAUAUCAGUACCUGAAUGGACAGAUGACUUUAAUAUUGCAAUUGCUUCUGCAGAUCCUUCAGCAGUAAAAUCUUCUUGGCAACUUUAUGAAGGUUAUGUUGUGGCUGAGGGAAUAGAUGUGCUUCCUUAUUCAUCAAAAGAUAGGAUGAAUUUAGUGUAUAAUUACCAUUCACUGCUUGUGCUUGUCCUGGUUCAUUGUGGAAUUAUAGAAGCACUUUCUAAAGUUAUUGUUACCAGUGAAAUUAAUUUAGCUGUGAGAGCAACAGUAUUCCUUGGUGAAUUUAUUUAUAUGGCCAAUCAGUCCCUUCCAAUUGAUUGUGGUCAUUUGUCUAACUGUCUACCAACUUUAAUUGCUUCUGCAUCUUGUUUUUCUUCAUCAGCCGAGCAAAACCAAGCAGCUGCUGCCCUUACUUGUCUGUGUCGGAUUCACGAGCUGAAAAAAAGAGGUGCUGUACCCAACAGCCUAGUUUUAAGUAACAUCCUGCAUGUUUGUGAUCCUGACAGGGAGAAAAAAGGCUUCUUUUCCAGCACUGAAAUGAUUGACAGUAUUGAUCAAGCCUUAAAAGAUACUCAAGUGCUCACCAAAGAUUACAACAGUUGGGAUUGGGAUCUCAUUGACUGCAUUCUUAAAAACCCUAAUGAUUCUUUGAAGAAAUUAGAUGACACUAUAUAUCGGAUUUUUCUGAAAAAGUUGUUGCAUUUCUUUAAACCCAGUAGUAAAGAAUUUUCAGAAAUGGAAUUGGAUAAAGAAAAUGGUCGUCAAAUCUGUAUAACUGGGUGUCAUUUCUUAGAAUUACUUUUAGAUCUUGAUGAGACAAAGACACAAGAAUACCUGGAUGAUUUUUUGAACGAUCUCAACACAUGCUUUGUUCAGUUAACCAAAGACAAUGAUAGAUCAAAUUCUAUUUUAAGUCCUAUUAAAGUUCUGAAUACUUAUAGCCAAAUGUAUUUCCUAUUUAUUGGAAAGCUGUCUAGUACUCAUAAAGGCUGUAAAUUUUUGAACAGGUGCAACACUUUUCAAAACCUCUUUCAUCUUGUGAGUAAAACUACGCAAGACAUCUACAUAAAAUUAACUGUGUCAGCUCUUGAUUACACAAAGGAAGGUUUCUCCAGGGCCAUUCUUACUCAAGUAUUAGCAAAGACAGAAGAAGCUACUCGUUUAUACGCUACAAACUUCCUUCUCAUCCUUCUCCGAGCCAAGUUAGCUGAUUACCGUAAGUGGGCCAUCGAAGUAUUAGUGACCCAGUUGUACGAUGUCAGCAAAAUUGUCUCAUCUGCUGCAAUAGAUAUUCUAGAUGAAGCAUGCCAAAUUAAGGAAAACUUAGAAGCCCUUAUAUCUUUACGACCUUCUCUGCUACAUAUGGGAGAUAAAGGCUUGCUGUUGUUGAUAAGGUUUUUAUCUAUUCCAACAGGGUUCAAGUUUUUACAGGAAUCGAAUUUUCUUCAAAAUGAACUGGAACGUUGGGCUCAGGUAUAUAAUUUAAAAUACGUAAAAGUUGUUGAAGAUUUAUUGAAUGAGGCGUUUACUCAUCACAGAAGAAGUGAGAGUGGAACGUAUGGAAGACGAAGUUCUGACAUUUGCCACGCAGUUAGAAAUGUUUAUUUACCACCCCACAUUUAUGGAGAACUUGUGCAGCAUCCAGAGGGUUUUGAAGUACUAGAAAAGCAAGAUGUUUUAUCUAACUUGUACCAGACUGUUCAGAAUCCUGAUUUCUCAUCUGAUUUGUCUAUUUUGAAAUUAAAAGCUUCUUUAUGGGCUCUGGGUCAUGUGGGCUCUCAUAACAUUGGAUUGUCUUCACUUUUAAAAGAAAACACAUUAUAUUACAUAAUAUAUUUAGCAGCAAAUGCUCCUGUUCUUUCUGUUAGAGGAACGUGUUUUUUUGUUCUUGGUUUGUUGUGUUCUUCAUCUGAAGGAGCUACUGCUGUGGAAGAAUAUGGAUGGGAAGCAGUUAAGAGAAAUCACGAAGAAAAAUGGCCUCUGAUUAGAGAAGAAUUUUUGAUUGACAAUAAUCAGUUUUCUAGAAAAUACACCUGGUCUUUCAGCAGCAUGAGUGGCGAUUGGCUUUUCAACGGUUUUCCCAGCAGCUUGUCGUUCGCCGCUCGCAACUCCCCGCGUGACUUUUCUCCGAGUGGCAGUCAGAGCUCUUGCAACUCCUGCUUAGAAGUCAUGCAGAAUCCCUACCGUAACCAAAGUUUUGCGGAACUUCCAUCCGGAUACAACAGUGAAUUCUCGCCAGGGUUUGAUGAUUCCCGCCCCCGCUCUUCCUCGGAUUGCCAACCUGAGAGAAAUGAUGGGGGACUCUUCCAAAUCGCAGAAUCAUCAAGUUGGGAUGUCUUGAGCUCUGAAUCCUUCUCACCUCCUAGCAAUUUCAACCCGCGUGGAAAACGCAGAAGCAUCAGCACCUCUGAGGUUGAUACCAAUUUAUCAAACUUUCAAUCUCUUGUGGGUGAAGGGAACCCUGAGGGUGAUGAUCGUGGACGAAAUACCAUCAGUGUUCCCAGCACAUCACGUGAUUCCGCUUCACAUUCCGUGACUCGACCAACCACCUUACGACCCGUUUCUAGUAACUCUUCUAUCAACAGCUCAUGCAGAUCCUCAGACUGUGAUGCUCGACCAUCUCUGUUGAAGCAACUUUCAUGUGGACAGAGCUCACGCCUGCAGAGUCCCACAACUCCUGAUAAUUCAUCAUCUUUGUUGGUUACUAGCGCUAGAGACGCUCUUGGAUAUGCUACAUUUAAGCAUAUUCAAAGGCGUCGUGUGAACUCAUUAAGUUUUCAUGAGUCAUCAUCAAGCAAUGUAGAUUCAUCGUUACGCCACAUUAAAUCACAGAGCUUGGAUGCUGAUGCUGCCAAACCAUUCAAUGUUGCCUCCAACGACAUGCUAUUUGCAGAAACUGAUGAUGAUUCUUUAGGAUCGAGGCACCCUAGUCAAGAUUCCGAAACUCUGUCGAGCGAGCGUUACAUUGGAUUGUGUCUUCCUUCUAACCUCGAUUUAAUUUUUAAUGUGCCAAAUUCAAGUAGUAAGACGUCAGAAAACAGAUUAGAUGCUGAAAACCUAGCUGCCUCUCAGAGUCCUAUUGAUAGGGUGUUUGAGUUCCAUGCGGAGGAUAACUGCUUGUGUCGACAUUCAUCCCAAAAUAUGAGGUGUCUACAUCAGACUACUAUCGAUGAAGAGUCAGAAGAAGCAUCCUCACAAUCUUUGAACUCUACAGAGCGUAGUUUAGUGAGAGCUUUUUCUUUAGAUAGGUCUAAUUCUAUGAAAGGUGCACCAAGAUCAAAAGAAGAUCAACUUUUAAUUAGGAAGGAAGCAAUGCGCUAUGUUAUAAACUUGUCUAGUUCUGUUGCAGUGAAUGCUUCUGAACAAGGUCUUUUAAAUUUAAAACAAAAAUUUCCAAGUGCUUUUCAAGAUAUUUGUUUGUAUUCAGAAAUAAAUUAUUACAUGGCAAAUUACAAUUUCCGUAUGCCUGCAAGGAGGUUCAUGCAUGAACUGUUUUUAGAUGUCACAUUUGAAGAACUACAAUUAGAAGCAGAAUCUGUCGUUGGCAUCAUCAGUAUUCCCCAAAUUGGUGGAAGUGAAGCUUGACCAUUCCAUGUGUUUAUGUACAGUAAAAACUAAAUCAAUGAAACCUAGUCUUCCCAAUCCGUAUUGUAUAAGAAUGUGCACAUUUUA